GGAGACCUGCGCCGUUGCUAUGGCGACGGCAUCCGCUCCUGCGCUGCGGCUUGCAGGAAGCGCGGAGGCGAAGGAGGAGGCUUAUCCCAGGAAAAUGGAAUCAACAGUGGAGAAAGUGGACUCGGCAAAGAGAAGUCAGCAUGAGACCUUGGCGUCUCAAGAGGAACCAGCAACUUCCAAUCCUCUCCUGAGAGCUUGUCUAUCUGGUGACACAGAGGGAGUACAACAGAUUUUUGAGGACCUGGAAGAUCCUGAUCAUGAAAAAGCCAAUCGGCUUUUAAUGGAAAAGGAUAUUGUGGGCAGAGGCCUGCUGUAUGCAACCUGUAUGGCUGGGCAGAGUGACGUCAUCCGGACACUGGCAAGAUAUGGGGUUGAUCUGAAGGAUAAGACGGCACGAGGUUAUACACUCCUCCACUGUGCUGCAGCCUGGGGCCAACUAGAGACUUUGAAAACUCUUAUAGAGCUGGAAGCUGACAUUUAUGCAACCACCUCCCGGGGUGAAAAGGCUAGAGAUAUUGCCUGCCGAUAUGAGCAGACAGAAUGUGUUGCUUUGGGCAGAUAUUCUUCUAUAUAUGCCCAUUCUCCUGUCACUUUUUGGUUUGGAAUAUUUAUAAUAGCUGCUGUUAUUCUUCCCAAAUUCAUAAACUCUGCCUUGUCUUCAUCAAUCUUGGUCACCAAGAUUGGGUGGCAUCCUGAUCUCCAAGCCUUAGAUACCCAUCCAUACAACAAUGCUCUCAAUCUUGUACUGGAAGCCAUCUUUUCAACUAUCCUGUCUGGUCUGGUGCCCAACUGCCACCUAGUGAUCUUCUGA